AUAGGAUUGGAUCAGGAAAAUGAAUUCUAUGACGCUGCUGUAAAACAGCUAUGGAUUGGUCCGAUCCAAAGGUGGUGAUAACAAGCCUGAGGGGCUCUGAAACUUUCCAUCAUUUGGCAGAAAUACUUGGAAAGAAUGUAACAGAGGGGUCUCUUGAAAAGUUUACCACCAAGGGGGGCAACAGUACCAAUGUCUGCCAUGCCGCAUACCACAGAUAACCCAGUCAACAUGACUGACUACGAGUACCAAUUCUUAGACGAGGAGGAUUACAUCCAGGGAGUGCUUUGCACAAAGGAAAAUGUCAAGGCGUUUGGCAAGGUGUUCCUGCCAGUGCUCUAUACUAUAGUGUUUCUGCUUGGAUUGGCUGGGAACUGUCUACUCUUUGCCAUCUUGAUCAAAUAUACCAAGAACAAGAAGAUGACCGAGGUGUAUCUGCUGAAUCUGACCAUUUCAGACCUUCUUUUUGUGGUAACCCUUCCCUUCUGGGCCACAUACGCAGCUUCUCAGUGGGUGUUUGGGAAUGCCUUCUGCAAGAUCAUAAGUAUCAUCUACACCACCAACUUCUACAGUGGCAUCUUCUUCGUCAGCUGCAUGAGUCUGGACAAAUACCUGGAGAUUGUUCAUGCUUGGUCCAAUAAAAACUUAAGGGCCCCAAGAAAGAGCUUCCUUGUCUCUUCAGUGGUGUGGGUUAUUUCCAUAGUGCUGUCUAUUCCUGACUUUUUCUUCAUGGAGGUGCAGGAUCUCCACAAUGGGAGACGAGUUUGCCACCUCGACUAUGGCCUGCACCACUCCAUCUGGCGGCUUCUCUUUCAAUUUCAGCAAAUCCUGCUAGGCUUCUUCCUUCCAUUCCUUUGCAUGGUGUUCUUCUACUCCCGCGUAGCUUGUGUUCUCACUACAUUAAUGUCUCCUGGCAAGAAGAGAGCUCUCCGCCUGGUCGUUAUUUUGGUGGUAGUUUUCUUUGUGCUGUGGUUCCCAUACAACAUUACCCUCUUUCUGCAUUUGUUGCAAAACCUCCAUGUGAUUAAGGGUUGUGAAACUAGCAAGCACUUGGACUAUGCUAUGCAAGUGACUGAGAGCCUUGCCUUUAUUCAUUGUUGCCUCAACCCCGUGCUGUACGCUUUUGUGAACAAACGGUUCAGGUUACACUUAAAGAAGCGUUUUGGGGCCAUCUUCAGGAGGCAGGAUAUUAGUCGUUCUUCUAGUAGGUGCACUGACAACGUAGAAAUGAAAAGCAUUACGAAUGUGUAAUGAAUAUUUAGAGAAUUUCGUUGCUAUACAUGUUUGAUUAUCACAUAUUGUAUUGUUUCCGGCAAUGGAGUGAUGUAUGGAUAAGUAGUUGGAGCAUAGACCUGGGAAUCACAAAAGUCCAAGUAUUAAUCCCAGCUCUAGCAUUGACUCCCUCAGUCAUUUCGGGCAAAUCACAACCUGCCUCUGACUGAGCUUCCCAAUUUGCAAACUCAUGGGGAUGGUAAUAAUUUAGGCCUGAAAUUAGACGAAGGUUUCUGACCAUCAGGGGGGUGAAAUAUUGGAACAGCCUUCCGAGGGAAACGGUGGGGGCGAAGGACCUGUCUGGUUUUAAAAUUAAGCUAGAUAAGUUUAUGG